CUGUUCAUCGACAUCUUGGGUUCAUCUUGCGACGUUCAACUUUUCAGCAACUUCAUCCUAUAAUGAGCUGGUCAGGUUUCAAGAAAUCGGUGAACCGAGCAGGAACCACUCUCCUUCAAAAAACUGGGCAAAUUGAGCGUACGGUGGACCGGGAGUUUACCGACGAGGAAGCCAAAUAUCGGACAUAUGAGAAAGAAUGUCAAGCACUACAGAAGGACAGCAAAGCAUACUGGGAUGCGAUGAAAGCGAUGACUGCGGCACAAACCCAUAUAGCAGAAACCCUGGAAAUCUUCUACGGAUCCGCAGAUCGAACAUCUGAAGGUGCAAUGUCAGGUCAUGCGUAUAAGAGAUCCGUAGAUGAUUUGGACGGAGGGUUUGGUCGUGAACUGGACCUACCCUACCGCACGGCGAUAUCUGAACCUCUAGGGAAGAUGUGUGCAUACUUCCCAACUGUGAAUGAACAUAUUGCGAAGCGGAACAAGAAGCUCCUCGAUUACGACGCAGCACGAAGCAGGCUGAGAAAACUCAUCGACAAGCCUAGCGAGGAUCCUACGAAGCUUCCCAAGGCUCAACAGGAGCACGACGACGCAAAAGAAGUUUUCGACAUGCUGAACGACCAACUCAUUGCAGAGCUACCACAGCUGCUCGACCUACGGGUGCCUUACUUUGAUCCAAGCUUCGAAGCUAUGAUUCGCAUGCAAUCUAAAUUCGCUGAAGAAGGAUAUGAAAAGCUCAGCGGAGUACAGAGAUAUUUCGAUGACAGUGUCAGAGAUGACUAUGCAGCUGGACAAUUGGACGCUCAGGUAGAAGGAGUGCUCCAAGAGAUGCGUGAGCUUUCGAUAUGUGGUGCUUAAUUACAGAAACUACAUUGAGGCUAUUUGAGGGCACUGCGAUCACCUGUUGGAAUGCACAAUUUAUAUCAAACUGUACUAUCUUUACGGGGGACUUUACUUUAGACCUUUCGGUCAAUAGAUCUUUUGUAGCAACACCCACGGAACAAUAUCAUUAAGCCACUAGUACUAUCUACCCAU